GCUCCCUGGAUCUAAUCAUGAGGACAUUUGUCUUACCAGAUGAGAGGAAAGGAUUGAGGUCACAGUACAGUUCCAUGGAAGAAGAAGGCCAGCCAUGCAGGACAACACAAGACAACCGUUGGCAGAGGACAUUUCUAAGUGAUAUAACAUGGAGCUCCUCCCAGUGCCUAGAGAAGAGGACAUAUAACUCCAUGACAUCUAGGUCAUCAUCACUAGAGACACCUGAAUCCAAGAGGGAUUUGUGGAAUAUCGGUAACUCAAGUAACGAAUAUUACAAGUGUAGUGGAAAUACACUGAGUGCAGGAUUGACAACAAUGGGUGAAAUAUCCACCAGAUCAGGCUCACAGGUAUUUACUGUAUUAUUGUGGACGGCACUCAGUAUUGCUAUGGUUAUCAUAGGUUCCAUGCAUGUUGACAACUGUCCGGUCGAGCCAAAAAUUCCAAUCUACCUUAUUGUGGCAGGGGUCUUUCAUUUGGUGGCAUUCGCACUCCUCCCACUAAAGCUGGUGGGUGACAAGCUAGCGUAUGCCAUAGAGAGCAUUAUGGCCCUAUUCUCCUUUUGCUGGUUCAUCGCAGGUAGCGUCUGGGUGUUCAGAAUCUACCAGGAUAAUCCAAGACGUUGCAAUGAUUUGGUUUAUAAAUUUGCAUUUGGAAUCCUGAUCUUCGAGUACAUCUUUUUAGCUUUCCUUGUUGCAGUUAUUUGUCUAUGCACAUGUUGUGCAGGUUGUCUGGGUUUGAUGGCAUCAGAAACAACCAUAGAGACUCAUGUCGGUGAACAUUCCCCGGAGGAUGUAGAAGCUCUGAAAUAAAACAAGUCCUGACCUUUGGAUCAAUCAGAAGCCCUGUCAUUAUGGAGGUGCUGAUUAGAGAACGAGACACACUCAUACCACCACCUGAUCCAUAGGAUAUAGGGGCUUUUCUCAUGAUGCUGGUGUCUUCUGUCAAGGUUGCAAGCAUUUCUAUAUUAUUAAAGGGACAUUACAAUGUAACACCUAUUGUUUUAAAUAUAUAUAUAUAUAUAUAUAUAUAUAUAUAUAUAUAUAUAUAUAUUUUGUAGAGAGCUUCAUGAAUAAAGAAACAUUACUCCCUUGUCUGAGAGAUGCUUGUGAAUGAUUGGUUUAGCCCAAAAAUAUUCUAUCAUUCUACAUUUCCCAUGAUAAUUUGGCCGCAUAAUUUAGCCACGGGGGGCACUGUUACUUUAGAAUCGAUACCAUUUAAUAAUGUAUAUUUCCUUUUCAUGGUCCAGAUACAGUAUGUUCGCUGUCCCACCUGUGGCAUAAUGUACCAUCUGGUGUUAGACAAUGGAUUUUAUUAGACAAUGAGGUAAACUGUGAUUAAUAUGAAGGAAUGUGAGAAGACCAUACAAUGUCCUUGUAAUAAUUCUAUCAUCUACCGCUUGCUCAGAUGUACAGGUCUUCCUUUGAAAUCUUCAAUUUAUGGAGUUGAUGGUAUAUAAAUAAUAUGCCUAUAUGCUUGCAAAUAUGCUUAUAUUUACAUAUGUAAAGCCAUGAGACCACAAGUCUCAGAAAUCAAAGCUCAGAUAGUAUGUUAUUCAAUAUAUUAUGUAAUCACCAUUUAUAAAUGAUAUAUUAUUAUCUUUGUUUUAUAUGGGGGAACAUAAUUUACAUUAUUGUAUACUGCAGAAUAAAUAGUAUAGAUUAAAAUUACAUUUAUUAGCUGCAGAAAAAGAAUAUAAAGUAUUUAUAUAAAGCCCUCUCUCAGAUUUAUAUCCAGAGAGAGGGCUUCCCAAGAUCCCAUAUACAUCACGCUAAAACAAGGUGAUAUAUCCUGUGUUUUAAAGAAUCAAAAAGCAAUAAAAAGCCCCAUUACACAAUGCCAUAAACGUUAUCUUAGUAAGAGGUUGAUCUUUUGUAGACGUUCCCCUGUGCUACUCCUUUAUAGCAAUGCUUUAUGAAGAAAGCUGUACAGAGGAAAUUUGCCUAAUUAUAGACUCUUUCUAGCAACAGUACUUCAUCAGUGUGAGGCAGUGGAUCUGAUAUGAACUUAUUGGUUGACACCUUUUUGUUCCUUAGGGGGACAUUUCAUACUCUCCAACUGUACCUUUUUAAUAGGUACAGUACCUUUUUUUUAUGGUCUGUACCGAUUGUUGCCUCUCCAAACUUCCAUUGAAAGUAUAGGAAAAGGGGCGUGGCCACGCCCCCCUUUACCCGAUGCCACGCCCCCUUUUCGGAUUUGUACCGAUUUUUCUGUGUAAGAUGUUGGAGGGUAUGACAUUUAUUAAGCAGUGAUAAGAGCAGAGAAGUGAGUCAGUGGAGAAGUUGCCCAUGGCAACCAAUCAGCACUGAAGUAACAUCUAUAAUUUGAAUACUAUAAAAUGAUACAGAGCUGCUGAUUGGUUGAUGGGGAAAUUUCUCCACUGGCUCACUUCUCCGUUCUUAUCACUGCUUAGUAUAUGUACCCCUUAGUGAAGAAAGAGUCACUGAUGCUGGGAAACCGUUCCCCAAACCAAACAAGACCUCAAACAAAUGAACACUUUUAAAGGGAAGUUUUUUUAUUAGGGGGAAGUAGUUAUGGACAAGGAAUGGCAAUGGGGUGAUUACGUUUGGUUGGAAUAUGUCCAUGACUGACAAAAUAUUAAUAUUUUAUUAAUGUAAUCAUAUACUGUAUAAAUCAUUUUUGACAAUAUGCAAAAUACUAUACUCCCAGUACAAUUUCAAUGAAAUCUGAGUAUCUUUUAUGAUCAUGAAUAAUAAUGUUCUUUGUAUUUUCUUUCAAUAAAGGUGAACUAAACUGUG